GCAUGAUUGAUUACACUGCACAUGCAGGGCAGCAAGGUAUGAGUCAAUGCCGAGCUCCGAGAUUCAUAGAUCCCUGGGUCCACGGUACUCUAUCGUAGUUAAGCAUCUCGUCCCUGUCUGCCCCACCAUAUCCACCCCACCCCCACCAACGCCCACAAGAUGUCGCAACUAACCGUCCCCGUGCCCACGCUCGGCAAGACGGAGCCACUGUUUACCGACGCCCUCGCGGUGCGCAUGCCCGUGUUCGUAGUGGAACAGUGCAUACCCCUCGAAAACGAAAUCGACUUGGACGACGAGCGGAGCUGGCACUUUGUCUGCUACUCCAACUCCGGCUCCACGCCCGUAGGCACGCUGCGGAUCGUGCCGCCGCCGCAUGCGCACCACGAGGGCGAGGGGGUUCCUCACGAUGGCGAUGGCGGACAUGUUAAGGUUGGCAGGUUUGCGACGUUGAAGGAGUUCAGAGGGAGGGGCGUGGGGAGGGCGUUGGUUGAUGCUGCGGUGGCCUGGUUGGAAAGCGAGGGGGACAAGGUUGAGGGCUGGGAUGGGAGGGUGCUGGCGCACGCGCAGGUCGGUGUUAGGGGCGUGUGGGAGCGCUUGGGGUUUGCGGUUGAUGAGCGGAUGGGAGUGUGGGACGAGGAAGGGAUCGAUCACUGUGGGAUGUGGAGGACCGUGAGGAAAUGAAGUACAGAAGUAGACUCUAAAGACAAUGGUGACUGUCGUAAAAUAAAAUAAAAAAGGAUAUCCCCAGUAACCCAAACUUGGCUGCUACCUACUCCAGCUACUCCCGAUCCUUCAUGAUGUCCAUCAGCCUGUUGAUCCUAUGAAUGUGCAUCUUGUUCCCGUUCAUGUCCACCUCCUCUUCCACGCCCUCCCCCAGCUCCUCCUCAUCCUCGUCACUUCCUUCAUCACUCUCCUCCUCCUUCCCCGGCUCAAAAUCACUAUCCUCCUCAUCCUCCUCCUCAUCGCUCCCCAUCGCCCACCGCGCCAGCGUCGUAACCGGAAUCCCCUCGAUCGUCGCUUCAUUCCUCCACUCCCCAUCCGUCUGCUGAAACUCGACCCUGCGGCGUUUCUUCUCCCCUCCCGUCCUCUCCCCUCCCAUCCUUUCCCCACC